UUACACACAACACCAAGAGAUGGCUUCUCAAGAAACCAUGACUUUGCGAGUUAUUCUUACAGAAGCUGAUAUCAGAAAAGUCACACUGACUUCAAAGCCAUGCUCAGUUGAAGAUUUGAUUAGUUGUCUCAAAAACACUCUGGGACUGAACUAUAAUUUAACUUUACAGUUUCGAGAUCCCGAUUUUGAUAAUGAACUUUGCAAUCUGACUGAUUUGUCAGAGCUCCCUCAGAAGCCAACUGUGAAAAUCAUUCCUGUGAUUGAAUUGGUGUCACUGUCAUCAGGUGAAAUGGAGACAUCCAGUGAAAUAUCGAGUGAUGCUCUAAGUACUGCAGAUACAGUACUGACCAAAUCACCCCAGGAAAAGCGAAUGCCAUGGCCUGAUAUCUUUUUGAUUCCAAAAUUCUCUGUCAAUGUUGAAUAUAGACUGCGUCAAGCAAAUUUAAUCUACUUGAAGGAUGGAAUGCACCUAAAAAUGACAAAGGAAUUGAAACAUGACAUUCUUCAGAAACUUGCAGAGACCAUAUACUCCUUCAAAGCAUACCCAACUGCUGAUGAUCUAAGAGAUGUUGCCAAGGCAUUGAUGAAUACUCGCCCCUGUCUUCAAGAACCAGGGUCGCCUUCUGGAUUCUGUGGGUGGACAAACAGUUUGAAAGACAAAAUGGGAAAUUACAGAUCCAAAAUGAGAAGCCUUGGACACACAGAUGUCAUGGUUAAUGCUGGGAAAAGAGGAAGAUACUCUACCAGCAGUGAUCCACCUAACAAGAACAUCAAGAAACCAAGGAAAGGGGAGGUCAACUACCUACCUAACCUUCCAAGUGGGCAGGAUGCUUCCAGUCUUGAAAUGCUCAGACAGCAGUUGGUGAAUGAAAUGAAGAAAAAAAACCCUGAUGCAGUCUUUAUCAAUCAGAAGAUGGACAUGACUCUAUCCUUAAGAAGACAUGAUGUUGUGAUCAACAAGCCUCCUGUAAGCCUGAUACUUCAGCGUUGGCCAGCACUUUUUAGAGAAAGACAGGUGUAUCAAGAAUUCAACCGGGUGGUUGGAAAGAACCUUACACAAGAAUUCUAUGGCUCUAUUGAUCGUCACUGUCCACAGCUGAUUCAGAUCUUCAGGUCAAAGAGAGGUCUCGCCGGGCAGAUUUUGAGCAAUCUUCUGCAAGAAGCCUAGACCUCUGACCUCGCUGACAUGCGAUGUGUUGCGAUUAGAGGGCUUCCAGUACUUCUUGGUGAUGUCCCAACUGAGUUCUUCAAAGCAUGCUUUGCUUCUGAUGACGCAGACUCAUACCAACAUGUGUCCGUUGGAAUCCUCAGCCGAAAAAAUGAAGAUGAGGCCCUGCAACCCCGGUCCUUCCACCUCCACCCAUCCUCAGUGGGAAUCAUCUUGGAGGGGAAUGUUGUAAUGGA